CCAAAUGAUAAAGACAAAAUAUAAUAACUACGAUUUAUCUAUAUGUGUAUAUAUAAAUGUCAGGGAAGAUGAGAUUGUUGUCUCUGUCUUAGAAUAUAUAGAGAACGAAAAAAGAAAACAGAAAAAAAAUAUAUACUUAUAUGAGAAAGAGUUAUUAAGCGAUUAGUGUCGGUGAAUUUUUUGAAACUUCUUCUCUUUUGCGGUUUCGUGUUCCACUCCUCUCUUCUUGGCCCACGUGUUCAUCAAUCUUCCCCUCCGCAUGUAAUCUCUUCGCCGUCAAUUUCACAUCUUCUUUAAAAAUCUCUCUAGAUCGAAAAAGGGUUGAUUCUUGAAGUCUCCGGCGAAAACCAUAUGGAGACGGCGACUGAAGUGGCGACGGUUGUUUCUACUCCGGCGGUUACGGUUGCAGCGGCGGCGACGAGGAAGAGGGAGAAGCCGUAUAAAGGGAUAAGGAUGAGGAAGUGGGGGAAGUGGGUGGCGGAGAUAAGAGAGCCUAAUAAACGGUCAAGGAUCUGGCUUGGCUCUUACUCUACUCCUGAAGCGGCGGCGCGUGCUUAUGACACGGCGGUGUUUUAUCUCCGAGGUCCUUCCGCUCGGCUUAACUUCCCGGAGCUUCUAGCCGGAGUUACCGUUGCGGGAGGUGGCGGAGGAGGAGGAAACGGUGGUGGAGAUAUGUCGGCGGCGUAUAUAAGGAGAAAAGCGGCGGAGGUUGGAGCUCAAGUGGAUGCGUUAGAAGCGGCGGGGGCGGGAGGGAAUCGUCAUCAUCAUCAUCAUCAUCAUCAUCAACAACGUGGUAAUCAUGAUUAUGGAGACAAUCUUAGUGAUUAUCAUAUUAAUGAUGAUCAUAUGGAGUGUAGUAGUAAAGAAGGGUUUAAGAGGUGUAAUGGAUCGUUGGAACGGGUUGAUUUGAACAAAUUACCCGAUCCGGAAACUUCAGAUGACGAUUAGGAAAUAAAAAUAGAAACAAAUAAUAUCGAUUUGUUUUCACUACUUUGGUAAAGUUUGUUCUUCCUUCAUCCAAACAAAAAAAAAAAAAAGUUGUAGAAGGAAGUUUAGAGAAUGUCUGCUUUACGAUGCGCAGGCGGUUGCUAACAUGCACCUCCUCCUCCAUGAGUUUGUUUGUGAUUACUAAUUUAUUAUCAGUGUAAUGAUAUUUUUCCAUAAAUAGUUUUCACUACUCAA